GCAGGCUGAGUAUGUCAUGCCUGAGUGCGGGGUUUUCGGUGAGGUUGACCGUCAUGAUCAUCAGAGCCUGCAGUGAUGUUCUAGCAUUUGUCUGUCUACUAAGGAGGUUGCGUAUUGUUAAUUGCACAUCUCAACUCGCUGCCUGGAACGCCUUACCGGCAUCCCCUCAAUCGAGAUUAUUCAGACGAUGGUUAAGCGGGCGAGAAGAAACAUGUGAAAUUGGCCCAUUAAAAUGCCUUGACCAGCUGAUGAAUUGAACGAUCCCAUUGUGGCUUUAUUUCUACAAUUCGCAAUCUUCAAUCCCAUCGGCAUUGUCAUCGUCGUGUUCCCUCCCCCGUGGCACUACCAAACACGCUGAACUUGGACGCUCUUCUAAUAAAUCCUAAUAUUGCAGAGUUGCAACCACACAAAUUCGCGUGCUGCGUCACUGAAAAUGACUCGACCGCAGCCUGGAUUUGUUCGCUCCAUCAUUCCAUGGUGCUACGCCAACUCUGCACCCGUCAAAGCAGAACUUGAUCGACGGCUGGGUGCAAAUAAAUACAGACUUUCGACUCAGCAUGGACAGUUUGUGGUGGAUGCUACUCGUAAGCUUGGUUCGACUGAAAUCAAUGACAUUUACGAGAAAGUGCAGGUUCAUUAUCAUCCGUAGUAGUGAUGGAAGGGGUGAAAUUGGGGUCCAAUACUAUCAGAGAGCAUCCAAUAUCAGAGUUGCUCAUAGGAAUAUGUCACGAUAGCUUCAUACAUUAUUGGCACUUCGUAUCAGCGUCAUCACAUGUUAUAUCAAGUGGCGUUUGAUUCAUUACCCGUAUCACUUCACUAUAUGAAGACACU